GGAUCUGGGCCGUUACAAUACCCCACAAAAGGUCGUAAGCCAGAAGUUUAUGCUGAUAGGGAUGUACCCAGCAGCAUUUUAACAAAAAUUCUUUGAUAUCGUUUCUUGUCUAGAAAAGUAUCGACAAAAUUUCGAGUAUUGCGGAGCAUUUUAAGCACCAAUAAUGAACAUCUGAGUUCUUUUGAAAUGAACAAUGAGAACAGAUAUAAAUUUUAUAAUUCGAAUAAUAUUUUCAUCUUUUCUAUGCCAUCGUUCUUAGUUUAUGUUCUUGAAAAUCUUGAAUUUGUAGACAAGGCCUCAUGCAACUGUUGAGAUAGAAAUAUCAGAAGAUAUGCAGCUGGUGCACUUUGACUUCAACAGUACUCCGUUUGAGCUCCACGAUGACAAUUACGUUUUGAAGGCGAUGAAAUUUUGCGACAGACCGCAAUGCGACAACACGGCGCAAAAUUUCGCUCCUGAUGCAGGGGAGGGUUCUAGCAUGUCAGGCAUGUAUCAACCACCCCAGAUCCCUCUUCCUUCAAUGUCUAACACGCCCGUUAGAACUCCAACCUCGCCACCACUUCCUGGAAUUAUAAAAGCUCGUGUUAAACACGAGCAUUGACUGGUUAGAUCGAGCUUGCGUGUCUUUUAUGUGCAUUAUAAUCUUCGCAUGAUUGUAUAUUCUGCUUGUUCGGACUGCUGGCGUGGCCUUCGUGAUUAUUAUCGUGGCACGUAGGAUGAUAGUACACCACAUCAAAGCGUAUGCUUAUGCAAUCAAAUUCAUUUAACUUGAAACUGAUUUAAGUUGUGUCGGGUGGCUUAGGUUAAUUCUUUGCUUCUGAUGAUUUUCUUUAACUUUUUUACUGUAUUCGAUUAGUCACUUAAUGUUGUUCAUCUUCUUAUUAGAAGUAUAGAUUUGCGAUGUAUUAGGAUUAUGGAGGGUUGGAUUAAACUACACUGUUUUACUGAAUGAGUUAAAACAAUGCUGAGAAUCUGUUUACUUUGUAUAGAAUUGUUCAUCUUCUGGAGGUGAA